GUGCACAACAACAAUAUAGAACACCUGAUGGGGAACAAGAAUAAUGCCCACAUACUGGACCUCUACACUGCCUUCACUGACAUCGUUAAUCACGCCCCGGGUGAAGGGUCGGAGCAGUCAAACAAUUUCAAGCGCAAGCUGACACCUUGCUGUGAGGCUUCCACCGAGCUGGGGUACUGUGGACAGGUUAGCCCUUCAGGGAAGCGCCUCUACGACCUAUGCAAGAAUCCUGAAAAGAAUUUCUACUGGGAUGAGACUUACCCGACGACCGCUGGGUGGGAAGCUGUUACAGAGGCACUAGAAGAACCUUUGAGGGAGUUCCUAGAUCGGGACUAUGUUCCAUGAUUUCUUUGUAAUUUAGGUUUGGAUCGAUCCGUUGCUUGUUGGUGCAAUAUCUUUUUGUUAGGUUAGCAUAGAUAGUAUUCGUAUUUAGGAAGAAACUUGUGAGUUUUUAUUGCCUUGUAUUCCAUGAAAUUUUGUCUAGUGACCUUAAUGUUUUAAUAAAGUUCGUCAUACUAUAUA